CUCCAAGGUAUGAUAGAGAGCAGACCCCCGAUUGCUACACCUGCAAUCCAUACCCCACCGCAGCCUGACGUGGGAACAUAUCUGUCGGAAACGGGAGGUAACGCGUUGAGGAAAUAUGAGGCUGCCCCUGCUCUUGCUGAGCACAAUUUGGCCUCUAGCCACUCGACAACAAGACCCCAUCGACGACUUCUGCGGGCGCCACCAACAUCAGGUCGCCGUGAUCGAUGACAAGCUCUAUAUCGACGGCGGAAAGAUUUAUUAUGGAAGCUCGAUUGACAACAGCAGUGUCGCGCAGCAGAACUAUCAUCUGAUUUGGGAGAAUGUCCUGGAGACUGAGGAGGGAACCCCAUUUCCUCCGCAGUACAAGAAUCUGAGCAAAGAUGCGGAGGUUCCUUCCGUAAGUGGCGGAUUUCUCUGGGCCGACGAUGUAAACAAGAUGUUCUACCUCUACGGUGGCGAGUACAACGCGGUUACUGAUGUCAAGCCAUUCACCAUGCUGUGGUACUUCGAUCUCCUCGACAACACCUGGAAACAGACAGCGCCAAUUCAGUCUCCGAUCUCGUGGCCAGCAUUCGGAACUGGUGCAAUUGAUUACGCAAAGGGAGUCGGAUACUACUACGGAGGCUACUUGAACAACAAGACUACUCAGAAAUGGGGAAACACAAAACCUCUCAUGCUGAGCUCGAUGGUUUCAUUUGACAUGAAUACGCGGGCAUGGUUCAACAAAACACUGGACACACCUCCACGAGCGGAAGGCUCGCUUCAUUACGUACCAAUUUCACAAGCCGGAAUGUUGGUAUACUUUGGGGGUGUACAGACGAACCCCGGCGGAGAGGUGGUGUUUGCAAACAUGAGUGAAAUUCACAUGUACGACAUCAACGACGGCAAAUGGAGCACGCAAACUGCUACCGGAGAUGUCCCUUCGCCCAGGGUAGGGAUGUGCGCAGGUGUCACUUGGGCCAACGAUCGGUCCUCUUACAACUUCUACAUGUUCGGCGGCAUCGGAGCAGAUGGGCGGGGAACGGCCGAAUUGUACAUUCUGACACUCCCGUCAUUCCAGUGGACUCUGAUCUGGCCCACCAAGGCCGAGCUUCCUCACUACACUGAAGGCAGGGGAUGGUCAUCAUGCAACGUCGUUCGAGAAUUUUCGCAAAUGAUCAUUACGGGUGGCUUGUUCAAUAACGAUACCACCCAAUGCUUUGAGCCAAAAAUUGGUGCACAAUGCGGGACGCUUCUUGGACAGGAGACUAUGGAGGUCAAUCCGGACAAGCAAGGCGCUCAGUGGUGGUGGGAGCUCAGGAACGACAUCAACGGGUAUCGGAUUCCUGAAAACCUUGUUUCACUGGUUGGCGGGAACGAGAAUGGCUCUGCUACAAAGACCGCUCCGGCGCAGGGCUGGGCUACGCCCUCGGUGAGCAGCUAUUUUGUCGGCGAAAACUUCGACCCACCGCGAAAAGCAACACGUUCAAUUCCAGUGGCAUCAUCAACUUCCACAUCGACGGCGAUAGCCCAGCCAACCACUGACAAAUCCGAUUCGAACGUUGGCGCCAUAGCAGGCGGGACUGUGGGCGGCGUUAUUGCCCUUGGCACGCUGGCCGCCAUUAUCUUUUUCUUGCGCCGGUCCAAACGCCGCAAGCAAAUGUACAACGAACCCGAGGGGCCAGAUAUGGCCCAGAAGCCACCUGCCGCUUAUGGAACGGGGAGCCCGACGCCCGCAUACUCGCCUCCACCUGUGUCGUGGAACGGCGACCCCAACUACCACCAAGUCCCGCAGACCAACAAUGGGGAAUGGGCAUAUCAGAACGGCUCGGCGUACCCGCAGACCUACUACCCACCACCGUCCGACCCUUCGCAGGGACACCAGCAGAUGCAUCAACACCACACGAGCGUGGAAUUACCAGGAAUCGGAAGCCCGGUGAGCGCUGAGCUGCCGCACACCAGAAGUCCUGUCUACAACGAGCUGCCAGCGCUUCACAGCCCGGUUCCCGUGCGUGCGCCUCAUUGAUCCAGUGGGUUCCGUUAUGCACAUCAGGGUCUCAUGUAUAAUGUUUUAAUGUAUUACUCACGCCGUUCUCUGCGAUCAUAUCACUGUGACAGUAUUGUUCUUGACACAC